CUGGUGGCUACUUUGCCUACGACCAAUGUUGGCGCCAUAAUCACGGUGAAAACGAAUUAGAUGUACCACGUGUGCCCUUGGAAAGGUGAGACCUUAUUCAUUUCACGACGGAAGACUUGAAUAUUUCGACAUGGCACGGCCGGGUCAGCGGUUUGUCAAGCAGGAGACAGUUUGCCGCCGUUUGGAAUGCUUCUAGUGUCUUUGACGGACGCCCCGACCUCUGAUGCCACCUCUGAUGCCACCAUCAAGCACAUACUCUUCAGCAGAAGUCUAGACUUCUUUUCUCGUCUGGCCUCAAUGCCUCCUGAACACGAUGUAUAAAAGCUGCUUGAAAUCCUCUCCGUUGUUCGACUUUCUUUUCCCCAUCAAUCCACAGCAUUCAUUAACAGAGCCUCUCUCUACUUCUCUAUAGCUCCUCUAUUGAAGAAGCACACCUCGCUCGCUUUGCCAUCUUUCUCGUCACAUCAGAGAUUUCAUCUUAGACAGCGGUUUACUGUCUUUUCCCAUCUUUUUCAAGACCAAGUAUAUUAUAUAAAUCUCUUACGUUUCUCGAUUCUCGCAACAUGGCGGCCAAAAUGCUGCGGCAUUCAGCCUUAACCACCUGCCUUCUAUGGGCUUCCACCGCCUUCGCUGGCUACAACCCCGAUACAUCUGACAACAUCGCCAUAUACUGGGGGCAGAACUCAGCCGGUGUCACCGGUACCGGCAAGGCCCAGAAAUCGCUGUCUGAGUACUGCUCCAGCGCCGAAGUCGACAUCAUCCCUAUCGCUUUUGUGUCCAGCUUCAAUCCUAUCAAGGUAGACUUGUCAAAUAUGGCCGACGAUAAAAAUAUAGCCGAAGAGAUUAAGUCGUGUCAGAGUGCAGGCAAGACCAUCUUAGUAUCCCUCGGUGGCGCCACGUUCAACUCCGGGCCUUCAAGCACGGAGAAUGCUCGUUCCCUAGCCGACCAGAUCUGGAACAUGUUCGGCCCCACUGGUAACAACAGCAGCGAGCAACGUCCAUUCGGCGAUGCGGUUGUCGACGGAUUUGACCUCGACAUCGAGGCUCCACUCCCAAACAUGGCUCCCUUCGCCGCGCGCCUACGAGAACACAUGGACCAGGCUAACGGCAGCGGCGGUCAAAAGUUCUAUCUUUCUGCCGCACCGCAGUGCCCGUUCCCAGACCAGAACAACAAGGACAUGCUACAGGGUAACGAUGCCGUAGCCUUCGACUUUGUCAUGGUUCAGUUCUACAACAAUCCCACAUGCGACAUCCGGGUCUUUGAUGGCUCCACCGACCCGACGAAAGCCGGUUUUAACAUGGCGCAGUGGGACGAGUGGGCGCGCUCGAGCAAGAACCCGAAAGCGAAAGUCUUCCUCGGCGUCCCUGGUGGUCCCACGGCCGUGGGCCCCUCCCAGAAGGCAUCUUACAAGGCUCCCGAUGCCCUGAAGCCCAUCAUCGCCUACAGCAAGAAGUUCGAAAGCUUCGGCGGCGUCAUGGUUUGGGACAUGUCUCAGGUCUGGGCCAACCCCAACUUCCUCGACGGCCUUUCCAAGGACGUCAAGUCCCAGCCCGCCGCAAGCCAGAAUGCUGCAGAACAGAAGACCCGACGAGCACACCAGAGAGAGUGGCUGUCUUAAAAUUUUGUAUCACCUUUUGCCCCUUUUCCACCCCCGUCAUUAGAUAUAGAAGUCAGGUACUAGGAAUGCUAGUUUCGGGAAUCCCUACGAUAAAUUUCGUAGACAUUUAGAGUCUGGUUUACUCCUUCA